AUGAUUACCUCGUCGACGAACACCUCUGCCGACGCCGGUCUUGUCACGCCAGUUGAAGAGCCGCCUGCGAUCACGAUCUUUCCUGGAUACCAACCGAACGCGGGGACUGCGGAUACCCAGACUGCCAACAGGAAACGGGGGCGAUACGUUGCACGCGCCUGCUGGGACUGCCAGAGGCGCAAAGUCAAGUGUUCCGGAGAGCAACCGUGUAGGCACUGCCGUGUGGCCCGGCUGGAAUGCUUGUACAGUAGCGGACGGUUUCGAAAGCAAAAGACUCGCGACCUGCCGCGCCAGGACGUACCUAGGGCCGGCUCGAAUUCGUCCAGCAGCAAUGGAAGAGCCCCCGAGGUGACGACACACGAUUUGUCCACGUGGAAAUCCGAUGUUCUCGCGCGUAUCGCCAGCCUCGAAAAGGAACUGGAAGUGGCACGAAGGGUACGACCGACCGACAGUCCACGCCUAGAGAGCAGCGGCCUUGCAGUCGUCCCACCCGGGUCAGUAAGUUCAAGAGAGCUACAAGACAACUCGCCCUUGGUGACGGACGACGAAGACAAUGAGGUGAACCAUGCCCGGCCCCGGUUUCAGAGUGGCACCGACCUAGUCACACCCAUCUCGAUCCUAGAGCGCACAGUAGAAGGCGGUGGUUACUUUCAGGAAACUGCCAGCACCGGGCACGAGAAGCCUGCAUCUCUGUCAAGGUGGCGGCAUACGAAGCCGGCGCGUUUCAGUGGCUGUUGUGAUCGAGCACUACAGCUGUGGGACCCAGAGAACAAAGACGAAGACAUCGAAACUCUCCGAAACUACAUCAACACUUAUUUUAUUUGCAUGAACAAACAUCAUCUCGGAAUCGACGAAGACGAGCUUCUUUCCCGCUUCGAACGGUAUCUGGCUCAAGACUACACAGGCUUUACCAGCAUGGACUUGCUGCAGACAGUGGCCCUGGUUCGCCUGAUGGUGGCAGUGGUCAAGAUCCUGGACGAAUACUGCAUCAACUCCAAACAUGUGCCAGGUUGGGAGGAAUUCGCCUACGCCAAACACCUCCUUGGCCACACCAUGUGGCUGGGCAAUGGCGAUUUUCGAACCAUUCAGUGUCUGCAUCUGGAAACGCUUUAUUGUCUGUUUAUCGAGCGCACCAAUGCCGCGGCGGAGUCCAUGAGCGCGGCUGUACGCUUGUCGUACCAGCUGGGCCUUCAUGACCAGAACUCGUGGCAGAGUGACCAUGAUCAAUUUCCCCCGUCCGUGCGGCGGCGGCUCUUCUGGUGUCUCUACUGUCUCGAUCGGCAGGUGGCACUGUAUUCGGGCAUGCCGUAUAUGAUUCGAGAGUCUGAUUUCCGCGUCGACCAACCUUCGUUGCUGGACGUGGACAGCAACAAGGACGGUCCAGCGUCGGUGGGAAGUGGUCAUGGUGAGCUGUCUCCCCUUAGUUUACAGUAUCAGAGCUCGAUUCCGUACUCCCAAGCUACCAUCAAAUGGGCCAAGCUAUGUUCAGAGAUCUGGGAUGCUAUGUUUGGCAUCACCGCAACCAAACCGCCCACUCAGGACUUUGUUGUGGCUAUGGACGCCCGCAUUCUGCUGUUGAUCCAAGAUCUACCGGCCGAACUACGUUGGAGGCCCGAGGUCAUUGAGCAUAGCCAAAACGAGAACCUUCCAUUAUAUGUGUACCGCCAAAGCAUCAUCAUCAAUGUGCGAGCGAACCAUCUACGUCUGUUGUUGAGAAGGCAAGACAUGAUGACUCUAGCAUACCACGAGCGGACGGCGGAGGCGUGCAUCACGAUCGCCACGCAGACGAUCAAUGCCAUCUCCACGUUCCACGCGUCGCCCCUCAGUCAACGAACGGAUCGAUACUCCUCGGCCAGUUUCCUGGCCGGUGCCAUGCUGCCUCUGAUCUGCAUCAUUGUGAAGGAACACGACAAGGACAAGGUUGGGGCCGUGGUCGUGGCUGCGUUCCAGAAAGCCCUCGCCCUGCUGCAGGACAUCUCGCGCGGCCUGACCUUUGCCCGCCGAAUGCUACACCGACUCGGCCGGCUGAUCGAGGCAGCCAAUCGCGUCAUCAUGGGCAAAUCGCAGACCGACGUGGUACAGCCUCCGGAAGAUGAACAGUGGCUGGCCGAUACCUUUGCCUCCUUGGAUCAGAGUUGGUUUGCUUUGACCGAUGACCAGCAGCUCUUGUCCAGGCGAAAUGCCGGCCCGGGUCAAGAUCUGGUGGACAAUUCCUUUCUCGAGAACAUGCCCCCAGGCGUCAACCAAGGAGGCACGGUGGCGGCGGUGGGGCGUGAUUACGAGAUGAACAUGUUCGACCUGAUGUAUUGA